AUGGCUUCAUCAUCAUCUUCAAAACCUAUACACCUUUCAUGGCACCUCUUUUACAUUCUCUCUUUUCUCUUCCUUCUAAUCGGUUCUUGCCUUGCAACUAGAACGGGGAAGAUGAUGAUGGUGGAGGUGGACGGAGUUUCAGAGAUGUGGCCGGAGAAUUUGACGGAUUACCCACGAAAGCCGGAAAAUGUUUAUCCAUAUCCAAGCUUGCUAUUGAAUAAAUUACCCAAAGGGGUCCCUAUCCCUCCUUCUGGGGAUUCCACAAGGCUGAUUACAGGGAGUGCAGACCAGACGGCAAAGAUAUGGGAUGUUCAGACUGGGAUGCAGUUGUACACCUUUAAUUUCGAUUCACCAGGUAGAUCAGUCGAUUUUGCGGUUGGUGAUAAGCUUGUAGUAAUUACAACAGACCCGUUUAUGGAAUUGCCUUCGGCUAUUCAAGUCAAACACGUUGCUGAAGAUCCUAGUGAGCGUAAGUCUAUACCUGUGUUAUUUUUAAUGUUAUCCUCAGUUGUUGAGAUUUAA